AUGUGCACAGUUGCUGCUUCAGCUGGAUAUGGACUGGUGCUUUCUCUGACACAGCUUGCUUUCAGGAAGGUUUUGAAAAAGCAAAGUGUCAAGGUGAUUUUGGACUUGUUAGUGUACGAAUUAUUUGUGGCAACUUUGGCAAUACUGGUGGGUCUGUUUGCUAGUGGGGAAUUUAGAAGUUUGCAGGCAGAAAUGAAGGAGUACAGAACGGGGAAGGCAAGUUAUGUGCUGAAUCUGAGCUUCACUGCAAUAUCAUAUCAAGUUUUUAAUGUGGGAACGAUGGGUUUGAUUCUGGAGGUGUCAUCAGUGUUCUCAAAUGUGAUAAGUGUUGUGGGUUUGCCAAUUGUACCUAUUUUGGCGUUAGUGUUCUUCCAUGACAAGAUGAACGCGUUGAAGGUGAUAUCCUUGAUACUUGCUCUUUGGGGCUUUUUAUCAUACACGUACCAGCAGUACUUGGAUGACACCAGUUCUCCUACUGAUGAGCACAGAAACAGCGAUGAAUUUCGCAGCAACCCAGUAUCAGAAGGGAUGAAUGGAACAUCUGGGCAAGUAGGGGUAGUUCGUUGA